UCGACAUUGGUCGACAUCGGUGUCAACUGUUCGGCACAGUUCGGCGGGAAACAGAGACCGGAGAGGAACCUUUUUUUUGUUGGAUAAACAAUCGGUAGGACUUUUCUCACCACGCCGAAAAUAAACCGCAGUCAUGCCCGUCAUGUACAAUUUAACGGAAGGAGCAUUGGAGAGAAUCAUGCAGGGCACAGACGUCGAAAAACCGGUGCUUCAAAUAUUAGGUUAUAAACAACUACCGAAGAAGACCAUUAAUAUAAAGUAUAGUGUCGCUACCGAUCGCUACAGAUUGAUAGUGUCCGAUGGACAGAGGUUAAGCUCGUUCACCAUGUUAUCAACUCAAUUAAAUAAUCUUAUCACGGAUGAUAUUUUGAACGAGUAUGCAAUCUGCAGAAUAUUAAACUAUCACUUGGCUUCAGUGAACAACGGUGGCAAAGAAAAACGCGUGAUGCUGAUAUUGGGUAUCGAGGUGUUGGUUUCUGGCAGUGAAGUUGGGUACAAGAUAGGCAAUCCAAUUGAUACAGACAUUAAAUCAGAUGCUGAACCCACAUCUACAUCCACAGCUGCAAGUUCUCUUUUUCCAACUAAUGGUGCAGCAGAAGAGGGUGCCAUAUACCGCGUUUACGCAAGCAACGCGAAGGAGACAGUUUCUCGUUUCUUUAUGCAAACUAUUAUUAUAACUAUUAUUAUAACUAUUAUUAUAACUAUUAUUUGCAAGAAUAUAUAUGAUGAUUACUAUGUACAGUCUGCAUCUUUGUAAAGCAAAUCAUAUCUAAGUUAUAAUUAUAAAUA